AUGGAGAUCAGAAGCGAUUCUGUAACAACAGAAGAGGAACCCAUCACGUCUAUGCCAACAAGAUCACGGGGAGGAUGGAAAGCCAUAAUGUAUAUUCUUGCAAAUGAAUCGUUCGAGAAGUUGGCGUCUAUGAGUUUGAUUGCGAACAUGACAGUGUAUUUACGUACGAAGUACAAUUUGGAAGGAGUUUUUUUGGUUAACGUUGUUACUAUAUGGAAUGGGACUUCCAACAUCUCAACUUUGGGCGGAGCCUUUGUCUCUGAUGCGUAUUUGGGCAGAUUUCUUACACUCUUCUUUGGCUCACUUUGCUCUCUUAUGGGUAUGGGAACUGUAACCUUAACCGCAGGUUUAUCUUCGCUAAGGCCACCGGCAUGCCACAACCAAUCCGAGAAUUGCCAACAACCCUACGGGUGGCAGCUUGCCAUUCUCUACACAGGUUUAGCGUUACUGUCACUGGGCUCCGGCGGGAUUAGGCCCUGCAACAUCGCCUUCGGGGCGGACCAAUUCGACACCGACACGCCCAAGGGCAGGGCGCAACUCGAGAGCUUCAUCAAUUGGUGGUAUUUCUCAUUCACCAUUGCGCUCUUGAUAGUCCUCACGGGCGUGAUUUAUAUCCAGACGGAAAUGAGCUGGACCAUCGGGUUCGCUAUCCCCACUUUUUGCCUGGUAUUGUCGUUAACCAUAUUCUUGCUCGGCCGCCACGCCUACGUGUAUAAGAAGCCGCAGGGCAGUGUGUUCGUGGACCUGGCUAAAGUCGUAGUAGCCUCUAUCCGCAAGAGGCAUGUUGAGUUGGGGGAGGGGUCGUUCUACGACCCGCCCGCGGAGAAGCCCAAGUUGCCCAAGACAGAACGGUUCAUGUUUCUCAAUAAGGCGGCGGUGAUUGUCGACGAGGAUGAACUGGAUGAGGAGGGGGUUCCGAGGAACACGUGGAGGCUUUGUAGCGUUAAUCAAGUGGAGCAAUUGAAGUGCUUGUUUGGGAUUCUCCCGGUUUGGAUUUCGGGUUUGGGGUGCUUUGUGGUGAUGGACCAGCAGGGCUCCUUCGGGAACCUCCAGGCUAUUCAGAUGAACAGAGCAAUCGGGUCGCAUUUCCAGGUGCCCCCAGCCUGGAUGGGGAUAACCUCCAUGAUCGCCCUGACCCUCUGGAUUCUGGUGUACGAGCGGCUCUACAUCGUCUCCUUCCGGAAAAUCCUGAACCGGGACGUGAGAAUGACGCCGGGCCAGAAAAUCAGCGCCGGCAUCGUGACCUCCAUCCUCUGCAUGGUGGCGGCGGGCGUGGUGGAGGAGAAGCGCCGAUCCUCCGCCCUGAAACACCACACGUUCGAGUCCCCGCUCACCAUCGCGCUGCUGCUCCCGCAGUUCGUCCUCUCCGGCAUGACGGAGGCCCUCGCCGCCGUCGCCAUCAUGGAAUUCUUCACCACCCAAAUCCCGGAGGCCCUCCGCAGCCUGGGCGGCUCCGUCUUCUUUCUCUCCCUCUCCUUCUCCAGCUACCUCAGCUCCUUGAUCGUCAACGUCAUUCACGCCAUCACCGUCAAAACUGGCCCCACUCCCUGGCUAGGCGGCCACGAUCUCAACAAGAACAGAUUAGAGUAUUACUACUACAUUAUCGCCGCCAUUGCCGUCUUGAACUUCCUGUAUUACACCUUGUUUGCUAGCAAGUUUGUUACUUGUAAAAUGGACGACGCUACUGAGGCUGGAGCCAUGGAGGAUUCCAGUUGGCGUUUGACCAGAAACUUGGAGCAAAGAGAUGAAGAAACUGGGUCGCAUAGGGCCUCUGCUUAA